AUGUUUGCUGAUUUUAGGAUAAACAAUUUUAGACUUAUAGAUAGAAUAGGUUCGGGAGCUUAUGGGUUGGUAUUCAAGGCCCGUAACACUAUCGACAACAAGAUAUAUGCGAUUAAGGCCAUUCUGCGGGCAGAAUAUACUAAUCGUACUUUAAAGAACCAUGUUAACGAGUCACAUGCUAAACAGAAACAAAAUUUGGAGUUUCUGUUGUACGCUUUCUUUCAAAAAAAUCACCAUGAAUUGUACUUGCCCGCUGUUGAUUUAGACUCUAUAUUGGCUUUAACAAAAGAACAACUAGACCAAGUACCACACUAUAAAGAGAUAGCUUUACAUUUAAGCGUACAUGAUCACCCAAAUAUUGUGUCUAUACAUAACGUAUUUGAGUCUUCGAUUGCUACAUUCAUCGUUAUGGAUUAUUAUGAGAACGACCUUUUCACUUCUAUCGUUGAUAAACAAUACUUCGCUAACGAUGGCUUAUUAGUAAAAGACGUCUUCUUGAAGAUCUGCACGGCUUUACAGUACUGUCACAGCAUGGGUGUUUACCAUUGUGACAUUAAACCAGAGAACAUUCUAUUAGAUGCUUCCGAUAAUGUCUACCUAUGCGAUUUUGGGUUGGCAACGGACUCUAAAUACCUGGCACCUAAUGUGUGCGUCGGAAGUUUCUACUACAUGGCACCAGAGAGAAUAUUGUACUCUAGCGCUCCUUUAGAAACUGAAACUGCUGUUCUGCCUACAGCUACAAGUGAUAUCUGGUCCCUAGGUAUUAUAUUGAUCAACUUAGUAUGCAUGAGAAACCCAUGGUUGAAGGCUCACCAAGGUGAGGAUGCAACUUUCCAAUUCUUCAUUGAGAAUAACAAAAUUUUACAGAAAAUACUUCCAAUAUCGGAUGAGCUUCUUGAUGUACUGGGAGAUAUACUAUGUUUGGAACCAUGUAGGAGAAUAGCACUAGAUGUCCUAAUGGCAAAAAUUAGAAGCAUCAAGAAACUCACUCCAGAUGGACCUUUGAGUCAAAUUCCUGAAAUCGAGCCUCAUAAGCCUAUCGCUGCUAUGACUAUUUCACAAGAUUUAGAUGAUGAGGAUGAGGUUGAUGAACUACAUCCAGAUUUCUCGGAACAGACCAGGAUGUUAUCUGGUGCAGCUACACCAUUUGAGGAAAUUACCGUUACGGGAACUAGUACAUGUAGCACUACGACAGCAAUUAGUUCCUCAUAUGAAAACUCGGGAAUGUUAUGUAAAGGCGAUUUUACUAUUGCCACUGAUGAAUUUACUUCACACCAAAAAUUGCUAGAAGAAAAACUACUCAAGCUUCAAAGCGAAAGUCUUACGACAACAGGAAAUUCUGGUAACUGGUUACCAGAAUAUUGA